GGAGAAACUGAUGAGAGAGGGCGGACAUUUCAAAGCCACACCCACUUACAACUGUGCUUAACCAACUCAUUUUCUUUCACCUAUAAUUUCCUCUCCCGCUCUCCUCUCUCUCCUCUCUCUUAUCUUCUCAUUUGGUUUCUGAGAGAACAAUUUUUUAAUCUUUUCCAUUCCAAUUGAUUUGCUCAUUCCAUGGAGUCCGCCGCUGUUCUCCGCUCCUUCCACUGUUCUGCACGCACUGCUUCCAAUGUGUGGCCUGUGCUUCAGAGACCAGGCAUGGCGCCCAUGUCUAAUGCAUCCUGGCCCAACUCAAGUGAGUCACCUAUACAAGGCUUGACAUUUGGUGGGAAGCUUGUUUCUUUGCUGGCAAAACGAGAUCCUGUGUUGGUGUCUUGCGUAAAGACAUCUGAAACUGCUUCGACAGCUAAGUCAAAUGAUAGACAACCAGAAGGAUCAGUGGAGAAAAGUUCUGCACGAAAUGGGACAUUUCCCAAUGGAUUUGAGGCAUUGAUCCAGCAAGUCUGUGAUGAGACAGAGAUUGCUGAGCUCAAGUUAAAGGUUGGAGACUUUGAAAUGCAUCUGAAGCGCAACAUUGGAGUCAUAGCAGCUCCCACACCUGUUUUUUCUCCAACACCACAGCCACCUAUUCCAAGUAAGGCAAUGAUUCAAUCAGCUCCUGCUGCCCCACCACCAUCUCCUCCAAAAUCCUCUACAGAAAAAAUCAGUCCAUUCACAAACGUCUCCAUGGAGAAGUCAGCAAGGUUAGCGGCAUUGGAGGCUUCUGGAUCUAGUGGAUAUGUUCUAGUUUCAUCCCCCACAGUUGGCUCAUUCCGAAGGGGCAAAACAUUUAAAGGAAAGAAGCAACCUCCUGCUUGUAAAGCGGGUGACGUAAUCAAAGAGGGACAAGUGAUAGGCUUUCUGGAUCAGUUUGGUACUGAACUUCCUGUGAGGUCAGAUGUGGAUGGAGAAGUCUUGAAGCUCCUCUUCGAAGACGGAGAGGCCGUUGGUUACGGAGAUCCCCUUGUCGCAGUCUUGCCAUCAUUUCAUGAUAUCAAGUAAAUUUUGUGCUAUAUCAACGGUAGCCUUUUAUCCUUCUGACAGAGAGCUGAGGCUCAACAUUUGCUUCUCAAAUCGCUCAAUUCUUUUCAUCUUGUGCUUUUGUUUCCUCACAGUGUAGCCAUUUGAAUAGACUGUCUUUUUGGAAGUUGAAAUGUUUGUGAGGUGUUUUAGAUAUGCUGUUGAAUCUAGUCUUGAGUUACAGGAAUUUUUUGCAGAUGCAGCAGUCAUGCCAUAGAUUACUCCAAAACCGUUUGUUACUGUUCAGAUAUGUUCCUCGGCAGUUGCAAUAAACUCCAGAUAUUGAACAAAAUUAUUUUCUGCCACUUAUUUGUCCUCCAUUUUCUCUCUCUCUUGCAAUUCAUUGCAUAUAAUAAAAGUUUUG